AUGGCUCUAGACAUCCUUGGAUUUUAUCAACCUCCAGAGAGUGGGGAAAGAAUUUCUUUCAAGAUCACCCUGCUUUUGGGCUACUCUGUCUUUCUUCUUAUUGUAUCAGAUGAAUUACCUGCAACACCUGGGGGAACACCACUGAUAGGAAUAUAUUUUAUAGUCUGUAUGGCUCUACUUGUAAUCAGCAUGGCAGAGAGCAUUUUCAUAAUUCGAAUAAAUCAUAAGCAGCAUCUACAGCCUGAGGUUCCCAAGUGGAUAGAGAGACUGGUCCUGGAGAAGAUCACUGCCUUAUUGUGCAUCAAAAACAAAAAGAAAUUUAGACCACCAUCACAGGGAGUGGAAAGCGCUAGCACUGAGCAAUUAUCCAAAUACAACCUUGAAAAUGUUGCCGGCUGCAAUAACUCUACGGGGCUUAUUUUGCCAAUGAAAGAAAACCGUGACAUGCUGGAUAGUAUCCUACAGGAGGUUAUCAGCAUCAGGAAAUCUGUGGAAAUCAGUUCCAGUCAUGACAGUGAGGUGGAGUGGCUACAGAUUGCAUACGUGCUUGACAUCCUCCUAUUUAGAAUGUAUCUGGUAGCAGUGUUUACAUAUUUCCUUACUUUAGGAAUCAUGUGGUCUAAUUGGCACAGAUCCAUGCCAAACAUUUAGCCUGUGCCUGUACAGACAGUAGUAUGUAGGCAAGUGUGUCCCUCAUAUUCACUGAAGUUCAUAAUGCCUUACGAAUUCUUUAAGUAAAUGUUAACUGCAAAAUAUUCAGGCACAAAUUCUUUAACUUCAACAAAAUAUUUAACAACAAUGAUAAUGUCUGAUUAAGACCAGGGGUGAUUUGUAGUGAGAUUAGUCAGACACCUAUUUCUUUCUUCUUUUUUGUCUUUUUAAAUGCAAAGUAAGAAACUCAACCAAAAUUGAGACUACUAGUAUAUGCAGUAUUGCAAUGACAAUCAUGUCCAUUUAUGAAGUCCUAUCUCCACUGAAUACUAUGCAGAGAAAAUUCUUAAUAAAUACAACUUCUAUAUUCACCUUAUAGAACUCAUGCUCACAGUCACUAAUGUUCUUCUGUGUAACUCAUUUAUAUGAGGAAUUGCUUUUUGUAUUUCUUUAGGCAGAUAAAUUGUAAAGAAUGAGCUUAUUUGGAUUUUUUUGUAACAUUAAUUGUUUCAUCAAGUACUGGCACCAGCUGUAUUCCAAGUUCUCCAGGAUAUAUGUGAGAUUUAUCAGAUUAAAGUGUGAAAUCAGAGCUUCACAAGUAGCUUCACCACUUUCUAUUAAGUCCUAUGGGUUUUUUUUCGAGAGGCAUGUUUAUGAAUGGGUCUAUUUGAUAAAUACACCUCUAACAAUCCCAUAGAAAUGAAUAGAGAGCAAUACAAUUUUACUGCGAUGAGCUCUAAUUUCAAACAUUAAUAAAUCUGCCCCAGUUAUUAUAAAGAACACACUGUUAGUUACAUUUUGUAAAUACUGUAAAAUAUUUGGGCCAGGUGCUCUUGGUG